AUGCCCAGCGGCCGAUUGUCGUUUCUGUUGAGUGCAGAGACCGAGGUGCCAUCGGGAACCGAGGAAUUCCUGGAAGAAGGGGAACAACGACGACGGCGGAUCUCGAUCGAGCAAUACGUGGAGAAAUUUCUCGAGGAGCGCAUCGAAUCGCAGGGACAUCUCUUAACGCCGUCAAUUCUCGAGCCACUGAUCGAUCGUCUCGUUUAUUUCGGCAUCUUUCACACGAUCAUCAAGGAUCACUUUGCCCAAGUGAAGGAAUACGAAGAAGCACACGAGAAAAGACAACGGUUUUUGAGACUACAUCAACGGGAUCCCGAUUUGAACGAUAAAAUCACUGAAUAUGACGCGAAAUUUUUGGACACUUGCAAUGACUUGCUCGCACGACAGCAGAGAUGUUUUCAGGAGCUUCGAAUACCCCGUUUCAAAGUGACGAACGACCCGCGGGAAAUUGAAGUUCAACAGCUCAUCAUCGAUCUCAUUUUGUACAUAGAUCCAGAGAAUCUUUACUUUACGACGAAAGCUUCUGGUGAAAUAUCGUUU